CCUCGCCUCAGCGCUCAAGAUGGCGUCGCUUCCGCGAGUGAGGCGGGAAGGCGCGGGGCGGGCGGACUGGACUACAACUCCCAGCGUGCCUUGCGGCAAGGCGGUUCGCCUACGACUCCCAGCGUGCCUCGCGGCAGCGGCGCGAACACAGCUGAGCCAAUCACAGCGCGGGCGGCGGGGCGCGUGCACUACAACUCCCGGCGUGCCUUGCGGCAGCCAAUCAGCGUGCGGUCAGGGCGGGCAGGCGCAGCCCGGGUUUCAGCCUCCCCGCCGCGGCCCUGAAGCCUCUGCCGCCAUGAACAUCCUCCCGAAGAAGUCGUGGCACGUGCGGAACCGCGAUAACGUCGCCCGGGUGCGGCGAGAUGAGGCGGAGGCCGAGGCGGAGCGGAAGAAGCGAGACGCGAGGGCGCUGAGGGCCGAGCAGGAGGCUCGCACGGAGCUCCUGAGGAAGAAGGCGCGAAGUGGGGGGGACCUGGGGGCCCCCCUCAAGUCCUCAUCCGACCCCCCCGUUUUGUUCCCUCCCCCCGGAGAAAGUGGGGGGGGCCCCAACCGGGAGCACGAGGAGGAGAAACGGCAGGAGGAGGAGCGGCGGGCGCGAGCGCUGGGCGCCCUCACCUAUCUCGGGCAAAGCGCCGCCGAAGCCCAAACCAACCCCCCCUGGUACCAACGGCCCCCCCCGGGCCGAGGGGGGGCAAAACGGGGGGGCAACACCCAAGAAAGGGGGGGCGACCAUGAGGACGUCGCCGAGGGGGGGCGCAAAGCCGCCCUCGACCCCCUCCUCGCCAUCCAGCGCGGGCUCGGCCGCCGCCGCAGCGCCCCCGACGCCCCCUCGGCCCCCCCAAAACGCAGUAAAACCAAGCCGUCCAUCGAGGAGCUGCGGCGCGAGCGGCUGCGAAGGGAGGAGGCGGAGGCGGCGCGAAGUCGGGCGUUAUUGGGGGCACUGGGGGCCCCCCCAAAUCCAGAGCCCCUCCCCGACGACCGAGAGCGUCCCUACAACUCCCAGUUUCACCCCCAUUUGGCCAAGGGGGGGCGAGGACCCCCCAGGACGCGAUAAACGCCCCCCCCAAAAAACCUGUUAUACCCCCAAUUUCAUUAAACACUCCAACACCUCAAGUUUUGGGGGGGUUGAUGCGGUUUUGGGGGUCAAAACGCACCCCCCCCCCCCCGCUAAGAGGAGGAGGAGGGAAAUGGGAAG